ACCAAAACUAAAAUUAGUUAACAACGAAAAUUUAUUUAUUUUAUCUGUGCAGUUUCUUAUAUCAAAAUGGUUAUUUUUUUCUAUUUUGUUGUGGUAACGAGUGACUCCUUAGCUAGCUUGUUAUACAGAAAUGUAUCUAACACUCACUGAAGUGAACACUCACUGCUCUUGUCGAAGUCAGAAAGUAUUAUGUUAUUUUAGAUCGUAUAAUAGUUAACAGUAGAAGAUGGCGAUGGUAGAUAAUGAUUUAGUUUGCAACUUUAAGAAGUGUAGAAAGAGAUUGGUUAACAUAGCAUGGGUCACAUCAUGUUCACAUACAUUUUGUGAUGAAGAUGGCACAAGAGAAUUCAGCAAAUCAUUUGUCUGUCCAGCUUGCGAUACAAAUCUGAAUGGCAAACAUGACAUUGUUCGACAUGAACUCCAACCCAAUGAACAAUACAAAUCAAUGAUACUUGCUGGUUUGAAACCCGAAAUUAUCAUGGAAAUAGCAUCUAGAGCCAUCGCAUUCUGGACUUAUCAGGCACAACAAGAGAAACUUUACCACGAAUAUGCAUCAGCGAAGAAUAAGGAAUCCCGAGAUAAACUUGAGCAUUAUUUUGAACAACUUGUAAACAAACUACAAGUGGAGUUAAAAUCCGUUAAAGUUGACUUAUCAGCUAAGUCAAAAGAACUGAAUGAAACAAAAAGACGAUUCAACGAACUUAGCGAGCAGCAUCAGGAAAAAUCUCGUCAACAUCAGAAACUACAGAUCAUGUAUGAUACUCUGCGAAGGAGAUCGAUAAAUCCUGCUUCACUGGAGGAAGAAAACCAUCAAACAAAACAACCACCGUCUGCUAAUCAUUACAAAAGAAAUCAGUUUCAAAUGGCAAUUGGUUCUACUUUCCUCGGAUCAACAAGAAAUAUUCAAGCAUCGUUACAAGAAGCUCACCAGGCGUUAUUUCAUGUAUCAAAACCUAAUGGACACACCUCACCAACACCAGCAGGUGACGGUUUCGUGUUAAAGCCUUAUCCUACACCUGUUCAACAGCCUCGUAAUCGCGUAGAAGAACAUGAAAGUUUCGGUCAGCGGUUUACGUUACAGUUAAAUACACCGAGAUCAAAGUGAUGUUUUAAAGGAGGUGUUAUAUUUCAAAGGAUGGAAAGAUUUGUAAAGUCAGAAUUUUUGCUGUUCAUCUUUUUAAGGAUAUGUUAAUUGGGUUUGUUUGUUUGUUUGUUUUCCGAACUUUUAAUCUGUUGUUGUUGUUGUUGUUGUUGUUUUCUCACCUUUCUUGUUGUUAUGAAAUUUUAGUGCUUUCUCAAACUGUUAUCAUGUUUUGUCUUGAAAUUACUAAGAAAGUUGUCUAUCAGUUCUAUAUUCAAGAUACACACAUCCCAGUGUUUAAGAAUUGUAAUCUUAAAAAGUUAAAACAUUCUUUACCUAUAAGAAGAAGUAAUGGACUAUAAUAUAAUGGCAUCAUUGACACUAGAAAUUACGUCAUAUCAGCUAGAUUACUAUUUACUGUAUAUCUAGUCUGUAUUUUAUCCCCAUCGCCUAUAUAUGUGCUUAGCAACCACCUUGUGACCAGAAUACAUGUAAUAAUUAUUUAUAUAACAAAUACAACAUUUUACAAUAAAUAAAAUUAGAAA